CGACGAGGAUCAUCGAGAAUCGUUUCUUCUCUUCGUCGUCCAUGCGUCUUCGCAGCCAUUUCAGCAAAAGCAACAGCAGCGACACGAUCGGUCAACUCGAGGCCGGAUAAGAAUGCAAGACUCUCAUUUUCACAAGGAUGAACCAAAUUCGAUCGUGGAAGGAUCUCGUUUUCUGGGAGAAGGAACGAUCGAGUAAAGCUUGAACGAUCCUAUGUAUGUUGGUAGGGAAUACUACGCUAUAAUACAGUGGCAUCACGCACGCGCGCAACCCUUACGAUUCCAAAGCGGAUAAAGUGGCUGUUGGUGUGGCGGGAGUGCCAGUCGCUAUGCGUUUAUACAUCGACGAAACGAUCGUAACUCAAAGCGAUCUCUCGCAGAAUGGACAUAAGCUCUUUGAUACCAGCUGGACUUCAAUCUAAUUUGCCGGAUAUUCCAUUGCCUGGUUACAACAAGUUUUCUGAAAAUUUGCGAAAGUUUACGCCGCAGGCGAUACAGUGUGCCAUUUUUUGCGGUGGAUCCAGAUGCAAGUAUGAGAAUCCGAAAGCAUGGCCACCGGUUCACAUGGCGAUACAAAACGUCUUUUCGCACUGGGUGACAGACGAUGUUUUAGCCAUGGCACGACCAAGUACCGGGCAAAUAAUAAAGGAAAACAUGAUUGGCCAGUUCCAAGAAUGGAGCAUAAAAACCAUAAUAAACUUACAAACACCGGGUGAACAUGCAAGCUGCGGGGGAUCUCUCGAAAAGAGUGGCUUCACCUACGAUCCUAAUAUUUUUAUGAAGAACGAGAAUCCUUGGAUAAAGGAAAUAAUUUCAAAGGAAGGAAGUUCUCGAUCAUUAAACAUUUAUUAUUACAAUUUUGCUAUGAAGGAUUAUGGCGAAGCAACGAUGGGAAAACUUUUGGACAUGGUCAAGGUCGUAGCCUUUGCCGUGCAAGAAGGAAGAGUGGCGAUUCACUGUCAUGCUGGUUUAGGUAGAACAGGUGUUUUGAUCGCAUGUUACCUGAUUUAUAGUUUACGUGUGAGAGCAAACGACGCCAUAAGAUUCGUUCGCAUGAAACGACCAUGUGCGAUUCAGACACGAGGACAAAUAAUUUGUGUUCAGGAAUUUGAACAUUUCGUGUUACCACAGAUGAUAGUUUAUCCAUUAAACAGCACGAUCGGCGAUAGAAAAGCUUGUAGUCUUCAAUCGUAUCUGAAACGACAGCAUAAUAUAUUGCAUGGUUACGAGCAACGUACUUUUAAACAUAUACCAAAGAUCGUCUUCACCAUCUGCGAACGUAUUCUACAGCUUUGCGAUUGUCAAGAAGAUAAUUCGCCUUGCGAGAUCGAGUACAAAGUUUCGAGCACACCGUUCACUCGAAAAUUUAUUUCAUACGUAUUAGAAAAAUUACGAGAGAACGGAGGAAAUAUAAGACAUUCUUAUUCCUGGACCGAAUCACUUGCUGACUCAUCUCUUGAUUAUUCGACUUCUACGAAAGCUAGAGCAAGUAGCAGCGAAGGAUCUUCACGAGAUACAGUAGAUGAUAUAGGAAGAUUGAGCGACGUAUUUUGCACGUCGCCUGACACUCCUUCUUGCGAUUUAGCCUAUUCAGGUUUGGACGACAGUUGUGUAGACGAUGUUUUAGCUGAUGGAAUUCACGGACAAGAUCUCGUUGAUAACGAUUGUUACAAAGAGAUACAAUCUCAAAUCGAUCUAAAGGUAGCCGCAAGCAAUGAAAUAUUUCGAAAGAUUAAUAUCGAGGAGGUGGUUAAAGCAUUAAUAAGAGAUUCUACGAGUUUGUCCGAUAAAAUGAACAAAUUUUUGCAACAAUAUCAGAUGGAUUUGAACAAUCGUUGUACAGCAUGGCAACGUUUGGAACUCGAAACGGAUCUCGAUGUUCUCUUUGGUCUUCUUUUCGAAUGGUUGGAGACACUGAAACAUCCUGUUCUCGAUAUGGAUAGUCUAAGUUAUAUCGUCGUUUGGAGUUCGAAACCAGAACGGUGUUUCGAAAAGAUACCUAGUUUUAGCAGAUAUCUUUUGGAAUAUCUUUUAAGAUUCGUUUCUCGUUUGAGACCGAUGACUGGUGAAAGUCAGAGUCUCGUAACGAGAAGAUUCGUCGCUUCUAUGACGCAACAAACUGUUUGGAUGAAGAAUUCUUUUCGACCUUCGAAUAAGAAUUUUCCGAAGCUACGACGCGGUACGGCUGGCAAGAUAAAUGAAUUUUUUAUACGAGCGAUGAGCUUGAUAGAAGAAAUUAAUACGCAAGAAAUGAGCAGACCAUCGUGGAUGUCGAGAUGGGAACUAGUAUCGAGACAAUUAAAUAAAGUGGAUGAAAGGAAAAAAGAAAAAUGAAAAAUAUGAAUGGGUUUCUCUAAGAAAUUAUUUAAGAAUUUUACUCUAUUUAAUCUGUUUAUCUAUCGACGUAUGAUUAGCAAUGUAAAAUAUCUCACCACGUGGAGGUUGCUGAAUGUGAAGAUUAAAAUCAAAGCAAUGAAAUGAAUGUCGCUCCACGAGAAUUCAUAUUACUCUCAAAUAACUAUUAUUGUGCACGACAAGUCAUACUUUUGCGGCAAAUUACACCGGAACUCAAGAUUGGAUCCUGCGGCACCCAUAAAUACUCACGCGAGUAUUCCGAAAAUGGAUAGUAACAAUUUACUAUCGGUCGAUAAAAUAAAUUCCUAGCUUAGCACCAGCAGAAAAAAGUAAAUUAUUUAAUUGUCGAUUGAUGGUAAAGUAAAUUCCACUUUUUUCAAUCGAUUAAUUGACCAACGUAUAUAUUUACAUAUUCGUUUAUGCUGAUUAUAAACCAUAUUUUUGGUAAAAACAAUGUAAUCAAUACAAUUUUUAAUUGAUGUGUUAAAAUUUUACUUACAUUUAUAUCGUUAUUCCAUUUAUCCAUUUUCGAAAAGUUGGCAUGUUUCAUUCAAUUCUGGAUAUGCUCUUUAUUCUUCGAAGAUGUUCGUAUAUAUAUAGAGAAACUUAAUAUUGAUAAUUCUAAGCAUUAUUAUUAAUAUGCGUGAGCAAUGUAAUUAAAAAGGAAAAAAAAAAUUUUAACAAGUAGGAUUUGUUUUAGUUUAAAUAUUUAAGAAUGAAGUAACUGCUUUAUCGAUAAAUAGAUGCACAGGUAAAUUAUUAUCAGUUAAUAAUUUCUACCGCAAAUUUGUUCUUGUCGCGAUCAAUGUA